GUGUGAGGGCGCAGCAGCCAGUCUCAGAGUCGCUCACCGACCAUGACGCGCCGGAGCGCCUUUACGCAGGCAGGAUGUCCACAGUGUGCGAAUAAUUCCAGCGUCCAGCAGCACUCCGGAGAGAAAAUAACUAUGUUUUAGUGCUUCCUCUGCUCAUAUUGUGGAUACAAAGGCAGGCCCGCAGAGUGGAAGUGGAUCGAGAGAACAGACUCGUUCUUCAGAGCAGCAGCGAUGGAGGAGCAGCGGGAUCUGAACAGCACGGAUAGCAGCGAGGGAGAGAGCGUGUCCCCGUCCCCCAGCCUGCCCUCGCCGCCCAUACUGCCUCUGCAGGUGGCCCAGCAGGCCCACCGAACCACCAACUUUUUCAUCGACAACAUCCUGCGGCCGGACUUCGGCUGUAAGAAGGAGCACGGCCUGGGCCCGCGGGAGAGGGCGCACACCUCCGGCCGGGAACGCGUCCAUCCGGCGGUCAGCAGGCCGAGCCUCCCCGGGACGCCGUGCCAGGACUCCAACUGCAGCACCGACAGCUCCUCGUCCUCCGCCUCCUCCGCCUCUUUGACGAGUCCCAAAAAGAGCAGCGGCGGCGGCGGAGGAGGAGCCGCGGCGGCCGCUGGCUCCACCGGAGGCAGCGGCGUCAAAGCCGAGGAGAGGACAGGCGGCGUGGCCGCGGAGAACAACUCGUCCUCGCUGGUGGUGCUGAACGGCUCCGGCGCGGCAACACCGGAGAGCCAGCCGCUGCUGUGGCCGGCCUGGGUGUACUGCACCCGGUACUCGGACCGGCCCUCAUCUGGCCCAAGGACACGGAAACUGAAAAAGUCCAAAAGCGGGAAGGAGGACAAGCGGCCGCGCACCGCCUUCACGGCCGAGCAGCUGCAGAGACUGAAGACGGAGUUCCAGGUGAACCGCUACAUCACGGAGCAGCGGCGCCAGUCUCUGGCCCAGGAGCUCAACCUGAACGAGUCCCAGAUCAAGAUCUGGUUCCAGAACAAGCGGGCCAAGAUCAAAAAGGCCAGCGGCUUCAAGAACGGGCUGGCGCUGCAGCUGAUGGCGCAGGGACUGUACAACCAUUCCACCACCACCAUCCAGGAGGACAAGGAGGACAGCGACUGAGACACACACACACACACACACACACACACACACACACACACACACACACACCGUGUACAUUGUAAAUAGAUAUGAUCUAAUUUAAUGACGAGGAGGAGGGAGCCUCUUCUUCACCUCCUCCUCCUCCUCCUCCUCACUGCAGAACAGACUGCCGCUCCUGACGGACCUGCCACCGCAACAAAACCAAAGAUUUUAUCGGAAACAGAGCCUGGACCCGGACAGACAGACAGACAGAACCACAGCUUCUCCUUUAGACCCGUGCUGUCUCCUCCUCUUCCUCCUCUUCCUCCUCCGCCGGCUGCUGUCUCAGCUCCGGUUCUGACCCCACAAACACCGCGAGAUCAGCCCGCGGCCUCGUUCUUAGACUCGUGUUGUGUUCUGGACCGACUGAGCUGAGCUGUGAUAAUCCUACUGAACACUGCACCCGAAACAGAACCGCAUCGCUCAGGACCAUUACAGGAAUAUUUAACACAGAAUUAUUUACAUUUCUACAGUUGAAAUUCAGGAUGUUUUGGUGCAAAAAUAUUAAUAUUUGGUGAUUUUCUGACCAAAAGAAUAAACGAAUAAUAAACGAUUCUGCGUGUUAGCAGCAGAAUCUCGCUCCUGUCGGCGAACAGAAGGUCUGGAACAUAAACGGAGACCAUAAACAAACAUUAAAAAAUAAUUAAUAUAAUAUUUAAGAGAGAGAAAAGUGACGUGUG